AUCUGGCUGAGGUUUACUAAACAUCGGAAUCGAAAUUUAAAUUUAAUUUGCUGCUGGAAGUCUAACUAAAACACGUGCAAAUACAAACCGUUGCGGCCUUCACCAUGAGAUUCGCCGAGCCGCUGGGUGAUAGCCAAAUCAGCAUGGUGUACUUUGUCGGUGCACCUAUCUUCAUAUCCAUGCUGCUCGUUCACUUCUACUACUGCUGGCUGAGUGUCCGCGAGUGUCGACGAUCGAGUGUGCGAAAUGCUUAUCUCAAUACCCCGCUGCUCUCGGACGCCCAUGAGCCAGUGCUCUAAGUGCAGGGCUAGGCGCCAAACGAACUGCUUGCUGUGAUUCACACAUCAAGCUGUGGAUAAGAAGGGCUUUGGGGGGCGCUGUUCUUAUCUUUUAUUCCGCAUUGUUAUUUGCAGUAUUCCCUUCAAAAUGUUGUAUAUUUAUAAUGCCUAGAUUAAAUGUUUAAUCAUAGGUUAGUGGUUAAAGUCAGAGUAUACAUGCAUACAUAUUUAUGUAUUCAUAUAUAUAGCAUCAUGUGUGACAUUUAUCUUUAAGGAUUCAUUACGCUUAUCAUAAACAUAUGUAUGUAAUAGUACUUGCAAUUUUAAAGCCAAAAUGUGCAUUUAUUCAUACAAUUACUUUAAUAUAUGUACAUAGAAGGCUCAAUUUUAAAGCAAAAGCUGUGCAAUGUUCAAAUACAGAUUUUAUAGUGCUUAACAGACAAUAAUUACAUCCGUAUGUUAUGGGUCCACAGCAGGUUUUCGCAUUGCCAAAUG